AUGUCUGAGGAAGUACCACUGGUCGUCGACGUACAAGUCUCCGAGACGAUAAAUUCCGCGCUCGAUCAGCUCCAGUUGGACGAUCUGACGGAUGCAAGCGGUGUAACUGACGCGCUUGUUGCGGCGCCGGCACCUGUUCCAACGGCGCCGGGUGCAAGCCCUUCAACUAACGUUUUCCCACAUCCGCAAAUGAUGGGCAUCGGGUUCAUGCACUACCCGCAUAUGAUGCCAAUGCGUCACUCUCCAGGUUUUUACCCUCCUUCUGAGAAUGAUGCUGGCACUGAAAGCUUCUCUAUCGGAAUGGAGGCGCCUAAGAAUCCAGUAGCUACUGGGUCUGCCGGGUCUGCAGGGUCUGCUGGCGCUGACGGCGCAACCGCACCGUCUGCUGGUCCUCUUGGAGCCACCCCUCCCGCACCAGUUUUCCCACAUUUACACCCACCCGGCGCCGGUCUGAACCAUAUGGGCUUCUCCGCUACAGGUGCUGACCCAUUGUGGUCGUCGGGCGAGCCUCAUCCUCCUGCGGGCGGUGCCGAUUACAGUUUUAUGGGCACUUUCCCCAAAGACUCAGAAACUUUGGCUUCUACUCGUCCCUCUGAAGUAGCCGCAAGAAGACAAACUUUCCCGGCUAUUUCAGACUCAGAACUGAUGGAUAAUGGCACCGCCAGCGUGAGAAACCAUAGUAUAUCUAUUGAGAAAUCUGAGCCUUUGAAAGCGUUCAAGCAGCCCACUAAAGAAACCGAUCAGGAAACGGAACCAGAGGCUUCCAACAUCGCACUCUCUGCUGCGGCGUAUCCUUAUGGCGGGCCUCUGAUGCAACCCAAUUCCGUAGUGUCUAGCCAUUAUCCACCCACCGCUGCACCUGGGUAUGGAAUGCCCUCCCCUUUUGGUGCCUAUGGUUUCUCGUCACCAUUUCAAUCUUUCUCACCUUUACCGGGCACGCCCAUUGUUGACCAUCCUGCCAAUAGCUCACCAUCGAACGUGGUAGCGGGUGUUGGCGAUAUGAAAGAACUGCCUGAGAACGGUAAUAACCCACCACCCGGUUCCAGACCCCCGACUCCCUGGAUAUAUGGGAACCAUCCUUUCGGCCACAUGAUGCCAAUACAUCAUCAAAUGAUGAAUCAGGGCGGCGUAUCUGGCCAUCAUUUCCACGGUUCACAACACGCCGGUCAUCACUCUCAUCAGCCCCGCAGGCACAGACACAACCAGAAUUCCAAACAGCCUUAUAGAAGAGGCGAAGAUCCUUCGAAGUAUGCGAACGCGAAGCUUGAUGAUUAUAUCGGCAACAUAUACUCAUUGUGCAAAGACCAGCAUGGCUGCCGUUUCCUUCAAAGACAGCUUGAUAUUGAUGGUACCAAAGCUGCCACUUCCAUUUUUGAAGAGGUAAAAGAACAUGUUGUCGAGCUUAUGACCGACUCUUUCGGUAACUAUUUAAUCCAAAAACUUUUGGAAAGGGUUAGCGACGAACAACGUCUGACUCUUGUCAAAUCUUCUGCACAAAGUUUUGUUGAAGUUUCUUUGGACCCACAUGGUACAAGGGCUCUUCAAAAACUUGUAGAAUGCAUCAAUUGCGAAGAAGAGGCAAAGCUAAUUGUUGACUCUCUCAGUGGUUCGGUUGCUGAACUGAGUCGUGAUUUAAACGGCAAUCAUGUCGUUCAAAAAUGUCUGCAAAAGUUGAAUGCCAAUGACACGCAAUUUAUUUUCGAUGCUGCUUGUCAUGACUGUGUCAAAAUCGCAACACACAGACACGGAUGCUGCGUUCUACAACGCUGUCUAGAUCACAGCAGUAAAGAACAAAGUCGCCAAUUAUGUGAAAACGUCGUUUCGAAUGUUGAUUUGCUUGCAACGGAUCCUUUCGGCAACUAUGUGAUUCAGUAUAUUUUGACCAAAGAGGCAGAAAGUCGCGACUCGGAGUACACGAACAAAAUAGUCAAUAUUUUGAGACCCAAAAUUAUUGAACUCUCGCUACACAAGUUUGGAUCAAAUGUGGCAGAAAAGAUCCUGCGGACACCAUCUGUUUCUGAGGUAAUGAUCAAUGAAUUGGUAGCACGUGGAGGAGAAAUAGGGGUCGAACGUCUUCUGCACGAUGCUUACGGCAACUAUGUCCUACAAACGGCAUUAGACAUUUCGCGCGAAAAGAACAGAUAUUUGUAUCAAAAAUUAAGUGACGCGCUGGGGCCAUUGCUCGUAGGACCAGUGAGAAAUACUCCCCACGGCAGAAGGAUUAUUGGAAUUCUUGAAAUAGAUUCUUGA